CAAACUGAUAACAGAGUUUGUGGAACGAUUGAAUAUGUGAACUUCAGAAGCGACUGUUGAGUGUCGUAAAGUGAUAUGAAUUCAAUACUGAGAGUGUGGGUGGUUCCUUUAUAUUUGAAAAUAGAUGAUUCACAUAAAACCCGUGGACAUGCAUUCGGCGGUAAUGAAUGCGUGUGAAUCGAAGUAAAAAGAUAAGAUUGCCAUGAUUUCGUGGAGGAUUUAGUCAAUUCGUGACAGCUAAGCAACCUUUCAAACUAUUUUUCUGGCUAAAAUAAACUGCUCCUGUUUAAAUCAUUUGGAUUACUCAAACCUUCAUUUGUAACACUUCGGAAGAUAAACCGCGAUCAGCCGAUAUACCUAUAACGGGUACUGCUGCGACUUUCUUUCCGUUGAAUGGCAUCGAAAGUAUCCAGAUUUUUCCAACUCGCCGAACAUCGCCGCCGCCAUCGAGUCGCGUCCGAGGUACAAAUCGCAAACAGUUUGCUUCUGACCGUAGUUCCGACGAGACGUGGUAGUAACAUUCUUGCGGGUGGUGAUUCGCAACCGUACACGCGAUUUGUUUUCUGCAUGACACACUGCGGAACCGGCGUAAUCAAAUCUAUCGGGAUAGGUCACGGACAGCGGCAUGGUACGACCGUUUAACACCUCGGCCGCGAAUGGCGGUGAUCAGGCUAUCGCCGCGAUACCGCCGCAACCCACGGCACCACCCCUGGUGCAGGUCAAUCAGGAGGGGGACGAUUUCAACAACCCAGAUGUUUAUGUAGACUUUUUGAUACUGGGAAAUAAGGAGAACUAUAGUGUGCGGGCGGAAAAGAAACCGAUCCUCGAUUCGAACACACAGCUGGCGCACAUGGUCAACGGGACGAUAUCGACCGCUAUUGUCGAUGGGAAGUACGUUGUGCGGGAUGUGGAUAAGGAUAAUUUCGAGAUUUUCGUCAGAUACCUGGAAACUAAGUUCGUCAAAUUCUACUCCGCUUCUCACAUGCUGCAGAUCCUGGAGCUGGCUUCCCGCUUCCAGUGCCGCCAGCUAGAAAUUCACAGCGUAAAGGAACUCGAUCUCAACCUGACCGUCGCGCACGUGCUGGAAGUAUUUCGCGCUCUCUGGUACUACAAUUCUGUCUCGGUAUCGGCCACGAUAACUGCUCUUCAAAAAAAGAAAAAACGUCGCGGUAGGAAAAACGAAAAGCCUGAGACACCGCUUACGCCCGAGGAAUAUUUCGCUGCAUUGCUAAAUAACUGCCUUCAGUUGAUCGACAUGAACGCGGAGGAAGUUUUCGCUCAGGAAGCGAUACUGGAGCUAAGAUUCGAAGAGCUAGAAAUGAUCGCAAAGCGCGAAGCGCUUCAAAUGUCGUCGGAACUUGUUUUGCUUGAUCUACUAGCGAAGUGGAGCCGCGAGGAGUGCACCCGGAAGAAUCUCGAGCUGUCGGCGGAAAAUCGACGGCGCGUACUCGGUGCCCUGUGCUACACACCACGCUAUCUCACCAUGACACGGAAGGAGUUUGAAAAUGCCAAGGAUCGCAUCGAACUGCUGGACCCCGUGGAGUCGAAGCUCGUCGCCGAUGUGUUGCAUGGCAAGAAGGUGAAUACGCUGACAGUUGAGCAACAAUCGAUGGUAGCAAAUUUCCGACAACGUAGACCCACAUUUGCACCAAUGCCUAUCCAGCUCAGUGCCCGGAGUAACCCGAAGAACUAUCCGAAGAAGAUGCGCAAGGGAGCCGAAGAAACCGAUACGGAGAAACGUAACUGCUGUGAGCGAGUGAUACUUACCUUUGUGCGAAUAUUUGCCUGCAUAUUCGAUUAGCCUCUUUGGCUUUAAUUACCUCGUGGCCACGUGGCAGGUGCAAUCUCAGCAAAAGGGAACUGUAAGGUUUUAUAAACCGGUGAGUGAUAGGAAUGUAAGUAUAGGGGUCGAUAUCAGUAGAAUCGUCUGAGCAGAACAGUUUAAGUGUUCAAAAACGAAUUUUGUUUUAGCUUGUAACCUUACUCUUCCGCAGCAUUUUUUAUGCCGUAUUAAACAUAUGUUUCUUUAUAGGAACGUUCAAAGCCAUUUGAACGAAAAAUUAAUCUUUGUUAUUUGUUGUCAUACAUUUUAGAGAAAAUAAUUGUUAUCAGUAAUCAUUGUAUUAAAUACAGACUCAUUUGGUUCACUUUUAGUUAUAAAAAGGCGAGUACAAACAAGUUUUAGUUUCUCAGCAAUUUCGAGGGUUAGUUAAUUCAGACCACAGGCAUCAUAAAUUACUCGGAAAAUAUCAGACAAUCUUUUGAUUCCUUAUCUAUGCCGUAUUCCCUUCAACAUCAUGUUGAUACAUAUUUAAGUUUAACACCUAUUCUAUGGUGAUUUGGGCACACUGAUCGAAUUUUGAACUAUUGAUAGUCAGUGUUUUCCGUACUGCAAUGAUCAUCAACAACGAAAUGCUGAAGUUUUAAACGAAAUCAAUAUACACAUUUAUCAUUGGUUAACAGUUACAUUUCUAUAUUUAUGUUGAAACUUGGUUGUAUUCGCCGUGUUUAGUUUAGUGCUAAGCAUAUCCGUUUUUCUAGUACUAAAAGUAAUAUCAGUAAAUACUCAUAAAAGCAUAUUCUUUUCGCUAAACAAAUUCGCUAAAUAAUAUCUUCUUUUAUGUGUUCUCAUCAAAAUAAAAUUUUCGCUUUGCCAACAAAACAAUAGAGAAAUUCUCGUGUACAACAGGAGUUCGAUGUUAAGAUAUAUGGAAGAAAAAAAUAUUGUUCUAGUCUAUUGAUUGUUUUAAGCACUGUAGCUUAAGGGGCAGCACUGCAUCCGGCAAAUAAAAGUAUUUUAAUCUAGAAGAGUCUUGUAGAAAGAGAUGACAGAAUCAGCGUUAUUACAGCUUACAGUGUUUAUUUAGAGCGACAGCUAGCAAAAUGUAUAAUGAAAAUUUAGACCAGAUCACGGAACAGAGUUUAUCAUUAGUAGACUAAAUUGUUUUAACUACAUAGCAGAAGAAUCAUAGGUCCUUAAUCUGUUUGCUUUUCCAAAGCACGCCGUUUGCUAGAGCUGAAAGCAUACCUAGGUAGAAAAAUAAACUGGAAUCACGCUCCUUUUAAAACAAGGGAAGAAAAUGGAAGUUGAGAAAUAUAUUCAAAAAGUUUUAAUCAUGUGUAGCGUGCAGUGAAACAUAUAUAACUCAAUGAUGAGAAUCGCAAAACGCACGCUCGGCAUCCGAAAGCAGAGCAAAACCUAACCUUAGAGACAUUCUCGUUGCCAUAUUGUCCACUAGAUAUACGAUACACAUCGCAUGUUUGAGUUUAGUUGUAUUAUUCGUGAAUGUGAUUUUAACGAUUUGUUUCUGUGCUAAUUGCGGAGAUAGUAUAUGAGUAAACAGUAUAGAAAAUAACGCAUAAGUUGACUGAGUGCCACUUGUUUGAAUUAUGAUGGCAAUUAGAUAACCGUCGUUGUGGCUUGCCCUCAAAUAUAUACAUGAACAAUAAAUUUAUGAACAACAA